AUGCCUGUGGAAGAACCGAGAACACGCAAGUUUCACUCGAGAACCUAUGCCAUUGAUGUGAGUUUUCCGCCUGUUAACUGAAAGAAUAUUGACAACUCAGACAAUCAAAGGAGUCAAUCUGGCCGGACAGACAUUCGUGAUAACCGGAACGACGAAUGGAAUCGGAAUCGAAACUGCGCGGUCUUUGGUCCUUCACGGAGCUCAUGUCGUGAUGUUCAACCGGAAUGUGAAGGAAUCGGAGAAGCUGAACAGAAGAUCGUGGAUGAGAUGCACGACGCGGAGAUCGACAUCAUCAAGUGCGAUCUGAACUCGCUGAAAUCUGUGAAAACGGCGACGGAAGAAUACAUUUCGAAGGGAUGGUGAGGGAGGUUAUCAGUUAUCAUCAGGAAAAAAGACGUCAAUUCGGCUCAACUUUGGCCCCGGCGCCUUUUCCGAUUUCGAGAGAGACACACAAAAUCGAAAAGGCGCUGGCGGCGCAAAUUUGGCGUCAAAUCAGCGCUGGCGGCGACACCUAGUACGCGAAAAAAUUAUUACUGAUGCACAAUUCUGUGACGCUUUUCUUUUUCACUGUCACUUUUUUAUAUUUUUCGCCGCAAAAAAAACGCACCAGAAAUUUACGCCGAAUUGGCGUCUUUUUUUCCCGAGUCAAAAGGAGAAAGUGUAUUUCCAGGCCAAUCAACUGUCUGAUUCUCAAUGCCGGCGUUUUCGGAACUGCCUCAACUACCACAUCCGACGGAUUGGAGUCUCAUUUCGGGAUUAAUCAUCUCGCCCAUUUCCUGGUUGGUCUCUUCUUCUCCUUACUCUCCCUCUUUCUGUUUCUGCACCAUCUCUCUCCUUUUCAGCUCAUCCGUGAACUUUUGCCCAUCGUUCGUCAGUCAGCUCCAUCCAAGAUCAUCCUGGUGUCUUCGACAGUUCACGCUCAGUGUGAAGUCACUCCCGACAUGCCCAUCCUCCAGAAAGUGCGAAUUCUCUGCCCCGAGAGCCCCGACGAUGCCACGUGGUUCGUCUGUACGCGCGCUCCAAAAUGUGCAAUAUGCUCGUGGCGUUCAAACUUCAUCGAGACGAAAAUCACAACGAGAUAAGCACGUACUCGGUGCACCCCGGCAACGGCGUCCGCACCAACAUCUUCCGUGACUCGUGGCUCGUCAGCAUUGCCAGUAUUCUGUCGACUCCGUUCACGAAGAACAUCAGUCAAGGAGCGGCCACGACGGUUUACUGUGCGGGAAAUCCGGAAGUGGCUCACGUGUCCGGAAAGUAUUGGGAAUCGUGCUGGGACGACGAGAAGACGUUGUACAAUGAGGUGGCGAGGGACGAGGAACUGCAGGACGCCGUCUGGGAGCACUCGCAGAAACUGCUGAAUAAACUGCUGGACAGUAAACUGGAGUCGUGUGUUUUCGAGUGUUGA